UGCUGUGGUAUAAUUUAGGAAAUUCUUGUAGUUUCGAUUGCGACUCUUUUGGUGGGACAUAAAAGUUAUUAAAACUACUAAAAUGGCUUUCCGCAUACCUUUUGGCAAAAAGCACGCUGAAAUCGCGAGUUCCUUCAUCCGUUCUGGAGCUGGAUUUGGAGGAGCUGCUGGCCUGGCCGUGCUCUACUACACCGACUGGAAGCUUGUUUUGCAGUACGUGCCCAUCUACGGUUCCAAGUUCGACAAGAGCGAGUAAUUCCGACAUAGGGAAAUCCACUUUUAGCCUCGAUGUUUUGCUUGGUGAAUAAAAUAAGUUAAAACAA